AUGAUCCCGGCCAGGCUCACGAGGUUGCUGCUUGCUCUGGCCCUCACCUUGCCAGGGGCCCUUUGUGGAGAAGGCACUCUUGGCAGGUCAUCGAUGGCCCGAUGCAGCCUCUUUGGAGGUGACUCCAUCAACACCUUUGAUGAGAGCAUGUACAGCUUUGAGGGAAGCUGUAGUUAUCUCCUGGCGGGGGACUGCCAGACACACUCCUUCUCUCUCAUAGGGGACUUCCAAGAUGGCAAGAGAGUGAGCCUCUCCGUGUAUCUUGGGGAAUUUUUCGAUAUCCAUGUGUUUGUCAAUGGUACUGUGCUGCAGGGGGACCAGAGGGUCUCCAUGCCCUAUGCCUCCAAAGGGCUGUACCUAGAAACUGAGGCUGGGUACUACAAGCUGUCCAGCGAGGCCUACGGCUUUGUGGCCAGGAUUGAUGGCAGCGGCAACUUUCAAGUCCUGCUGUCAGACAGACACUUCAACAAGACCUGUGGGCUGUGCGGCAACUUUAACAUCUUUGCCGAAGAUGACUUCCGGACUCAAGAAGGGACCUUGACCUCGGACCCCUACGACUUUGCCAACUCCUGGGCCCUGAGCAGUGGGGAACAGCGGUGCCAGCGGGCGUCCCCUCCCAGCAGCUUGUGCAAUGUCUCCUCUGAGCUGCAGAAGGACCUGUGGGAGCAGUGCCAGCUUCUGAAGAGUGCCUCGGUGUUCGCCCGCUGCCACCCCCUGGUGGACCCCGAGCCUUUCGUGGCCCUGUGUGAGAGGAUGCUGUGCACGUGUGCCCAGGGGCUGCUGUGCCCCUGCCCUGUGCUCCUGGAGUACGCCCGGGCCUGCGCCCAGCAGGGGAUGCUGCUAUAUGGCUGGACGGACCAUAGCUCCUGCCGACCAGACUGCCCCGCGGGCAUGGAGUACAAGGCAUGCGUGUCCCCCUGCCCCAGAAACUGCCAGAGCCUGCACAUCAAUGAAGUGUGUCAGCAGCAGUGCGUGGAUGGCUGCAGCUGCCCUGAGGGACAGCUCCUUGAGGAAGGCCGCUGUGUGGAAAGUGCCGAGUGUUCCUGCGUACAUUCUGGGAAGCGGUACCCUCCGGGCGCCUCUCUCUCGAGAGACUGCAACACCUGCAUUUGCCGAAACAGCCAGUGGGUCUGCAGCAACGAGGAGUGUCCAGGGGAAUGUCUCAUCACAGGCCAAUCCCACUUCAAGAGCUUUGACAGCAGGCACUUCACCUUCAGCGGGGUCUGCCAGUACCUGCUGGCCCGGGACUGCCAGGACCACUCCUUCUCCAUCAUCAUAGAGACUGUCCAGUGUGCUGACGACCCCGACGCCGUCUGCACCCGCUCGGUCACCGUCCGCCUGCCCAGCCAGCACAACAACGUCGUGAAGCUGAAGCACGGGGGAGGCGUUGCCAUGGAUGGUCAGGACAUCCAGAUCCCCCUCCUGCAAGGUGACCUCCGCAUCCAGCACACCGUGAUGGCCUCCGUGCACCUCAGCUACGGGGAGGACCUGCAGAUAGACUGGGACGGCCGCGGGAGGCUGCUGGUGAAGCUGUCCCCGGUCUACUCGGGGAGGACGUGCGGCCUGUGCGGGAAUUACAACGGCAACCAGGGGGACGACUUCCUGACGCCCGCAGGCCUGGUGGAGCCCCUGGUGGAGCACUUCGGAAACGCCUGGAAGCUGCGUGCGGACUGCGAGGACCUGCGGAGGCAGCCCAGCGACCCCUGCAGCCUCAACCCGCGCCUGACCAGAUUCGCGGACGAGUCCUGUGCCAUCCUGACGUCGCCCAAGUUCAAGGCCUGCCACGGCGCCGUGGGCCCGCUGCCCUACCUGCAGAACUGCCGCUACGACGUGUGCUCCUGCACCAACGGCAGAGACUGCCUGUGCGACGCGGUGGCCAACUACGCGGCGGCCUGUGCCCGAAGAGGCGUGCGCAUCGGCUGGCGGGAGCCCAGCUUCUGCGCCCUGGGGGGUCACGGGGUCAUGGGCCAGCAGCUGGGAGAACUGAGGCUGGGGCCUCGCUGGGUAACUUGCUUCGAGCACCUUACUUCACCCUCCAAAACCCCUUAUCAGCAUUUGCUGUUCAGAAAUUGGAGGCGUAAUUUGGACUACUGUGAGGAUGGCUUCAUGCACUGCUCCACGAGUGGAGCCCCAGGGAGCCUGCUGCCCGACUCGGUCCUCAGCAGCCCCCUGUCCCACCGCGGCAAAAGAAGCCUGUCCUGUCGGCCCCCCAUGGUCAAGCUGGUGUGUCCUGCUGACAACCCGAGGGCUGAAGGGCUGGAGUGCGCCAAAACCUGCCAGAACUACGACCUGGAGUGUGUGAGCAUGGGCUGCGUAUCCGGCUGCCUCUGCCCCCCGGGCAUGGUCCGGCAGGACAACAGGUGUGUGGCCCUGGAAAGGUGUCCCUGCUUCCACCAGGGCAGAGAGUACACCCCCGGAGAGACGGUGAAGGUGGACUGCAACACUUGUGUCUGUCGGGACCGGAAGUGGAACUGCACGGACCACGUGUGCGAUGCCACCUGCUCCGCCCUGGGCCUGGCUCACUACCUCACCUUUGACGGGCUCAAGUACCUGUUCCCCGGGGAGUGCCAGUACGUCCUGGCACAGGAUUACUGUGGCAGUAACCCUGGGACCUUCCGGAUCCUGGUGGGGAACGAGGGGUGCGGCUACCCCUCCCUGAAAUGCAGGAAGCGUGUCACCAUCCUGGUGGAAGGAGGCGAGAUUGAGCUGUUUAAUGGGGAGGUGAGCGUGAAGAGGUCCAUGAAGGAUGAUACUUACUUUGAGGUGGUGGAGUCCGGCCUGUACAUCACCGUGCUUCUGGGCAAGGCCCUCUCCGUGGUCUGGGACCGCCACCUGGGUAUCUCUGUGUUCCUGAAGCAGACUUACCAGGAGCAGGUGUGUGGCCUGUGUGGGAAUUUUGACGGCAUCCAGAACAACGACCUCACCAGCAGUAGCCUCCAAGUGGAGGAAGACCCCGUGGACUUUGGGAAUUCCUGGAAAGUGAGCCCGCGGUGCGCUGACACCCAGAAAGUGCCACUGGACCCAUCCCCUGCCACCUGCCACAACAACGUCAUGAAGCAGACGAUGGUGGAUUCCUCCUGCAGUAUCCUCACCAGCGACAUUUUCCAGGAGUGCAACAGGCUGGUGGGCCCCGAGCCCUACCUGGAUGUUUGCAUCUACGACACCUGUUCCUGUGAGUCCGUCGGGGACUGUGCCUGCUUCUGCGACACCAUCGCUGCCUAUGCCCACGUGUGUGCCCGGCACGGCGAGGUGGUGGCCUGGAGGACGGCCACGUUGUGCCCCCAGAACUGCGAGGAACGGAACCUGCGGGAGAGCGGGUACCAGUGUGAGUGGCGCUACAACAGCUGUGCUCCCGCCUGUCCCGUCACGUGCCAGCACCCUGAGCCGCUGGCCUGCCCCGUGCAGUGUGUGGAGGGCUGUCAUGCACAUUGCCCUCCGGGGAAAAUCUUGGAUGAGCUUUUGCAGACCUGCGUCAACCCUGAAGACUGCCCUGUGUGCGAGGCGGCCGGCCGGCGCUUAGCCCCCGGGAAGAAAAUCACCUUGAACCCCGGGGACCCUGAGCGCUGCCAGAUUUGUCACUGUGAUGGUGUCAGCCUCACCUGUGAAGCCUGCAGGGAACCGGGAGGCCUGGCGGUGCCCCCCACAGAAAGCCCGGUCGGCCUCACCACCCCGUACGUGGAGGACACGCCAGAGCCGCCCCUGCACGACUUCUUGUGCAGCAAACUCCUGGACCUGGUCUUCCUGCUGGACGGCUCCUCCAAGCUGUCCGAGGCCGACUUCGAGACACUGAAGGCGUUCGUGGUGGGCGUGAUGGAGCGUCUGCACAUCUCCCAGAAGCGCAUCCGCGUGGCUGUGGUGGAGUACCACGACGGCUCCCACGCCUACGUCGCGCUGCAGGACCGGAAGCGGCCGUCGGAGCUGCGGCGCGUCGCCAGCCAGGUGAAGUAUGCGGGCAGUGAGGUGGCCUCCACCAGCGAGGUCUUGAAGUACACGCUGUUCCAGAUUUUCAGCAGGGUGGACCGGCCUGAGGCCUCCCGCGUGGCCCUGCUGCUCACGGCCAGCCAGGAGCCCCCCAGGCUGGCCCGGAACUUGGUCCGCUACGUCCAGGGCCUGAAGGAAAAGAAGGUCGUCAUGGUCCCCGUGGGCAUCGGGCCCCACGCCAGCCUCAGGCAGAUCCGCCUCAUCGAGAAGCAGGCCCCCGAGAACAAAGCCUUUGUGCUCAGCAGCGUGGACGAGCUGGAACAGCGGAGGGAUGAGAUCAUCAGCUACCUCUGCGACCUCGCCCCCGAAGCGCCUGCCCGCACGCAGCGGCCACUCACGGCCCAGGUCCCCGUGACGCCGGAGCCGCCGGGGACUUCGACGCCGGCGCCCAGGAGGAGCUCCGUGGUCCUGGAUGUGGCAUUCCUCCUGGAAGGGUCGGACAGCGUGGGCGAGGCCAGCUUCAACAGGAGCACAGAGUUCUUGGAGGAGGUGAUCCGGCAGAUGGACGUGGGCCGGGACGGUGUCCACGUCACGGUGCUGCAGUACUCGUACGUGGUGACCGUGGAGCACUCCUUCAGAGAGGUGCAGUCCAAGGAGGAUGUCCUGCGGCGGCUGCGGGAAAUCCGCUACAGGGGUGGCAACCAGACCAACACCGGGCUGGCCCUGCAGUACCUGUCGGAGCACAGCUUCUCGGCCAGCGAGGGGGACCGGGGGCAGGCGCCCAACCUGGUCUACAUGGUCACGGGAAGCCCGGCCUCAGAUGAGAUCAGGCGGAUGCCCGGAGACAUCCAGGUGGUGCCCAUCGGAGUGGGGCCUCGCGUGGACGUGCCGGAGCUGGAGAAGCUCGGCUGGCCCCAGGCCCCCAUCUUCAUCAAGGACUUCGAGACGCUCCCCCGAGAGGCUCCUGACCUGGUGCUGCAGAGGUGCUGCUCCAGAGAGGGGCCGCAUCUGCCCACCCCUGCCCCUGUCCCAGACUGCAGCCAGCCCCUGGAUGCGGUCCUCCUCCUGGAUGGCUCCUCCAGCUUUCCAGCUUCUUACUUUGACGAAAUGAAGAGUUUUGCCAAGGCUUUCAUCUCAAGAGCCAAUAUAGGCCCUCAGCUCACCCAGGUGUCGGUGCUGCAGUAUGGAAGAAUCACCACCAUCGACGUGCCGUGGACUGUGCCCCUGGAGAAAACCCACUUACUGAGCCUCGUGGACCACAUGCAGCAGGAGGGAGGCCCCAGCCAAAUCGGGAACGCGUUGGGCUUUGCGGUGCGCUAUGUCACAUCCCAAGUCCACGGUGCCAGGCCUGAAGCCUCGAAGGCGGUGGUCAUCCUGGUCAUGGGCACUUCCACGGACUCAGUGGAUGCGGCCGCCGCUGCCGCCAGAUCCAACCGAGUGGUGGUGUUCCCCAUUGGGAUUGGAGACGGGUAUGACUUGGCCCAGCUGAGGAUCUUGGCGGGCCCAGGGGCCAGCUCCAACGUGGUGCAGCUCCAGCGGAUCGAAGACCUCCCCACCGUGGUCGCCCUGGGCAAUUCCUUCCUCCACAAGCUGUGCUCUGGGUUCAUCAGUGUUUGCAUGGAUGAGGACGGGAAUGAGAGGAGGCCCGGGGACAUCUGGACCUUGCCGGAUCGGUGCCACACGGUGACCUGCCUGCCAGAUGGCCAGACCUUGCUGAAUAGUCACCGGGUCAACUGUGACCAGCAGUUGCGGCCUUCCUGCCCCAACAGCCAGUCCCCGAUCAGGGUGGAAGAGGCCUGUGGCUGCCGCUGGACCUGCCCCUGUGUCUGCACUGGCAGCUCUACUCGGCACAUCGUGACCUUUGAUGGACAGAAUUUCAAGCUGACUGGCAACUGCUCAUAUGUCUUAUUUCACAACAAGGAGCAAGACCUGGAGGUACUGCUCCAUAAUGACGCCUGCAGCGCCAGGGCAAGGCAGGCCUGCAUGAAGUCCAUCGAGGUGAAACAUAACGGUGUCUCGGUUGAGCUCCGCAGCAACAUGGAGGUGGUGGUGAAUGGGAGGCUGGUCUCUGCCCCUUACGUGGGUGGGGACAUGGAGGUCAGUGUCUAUGGUGCCAUUAUGUAUGAGGUCAGACUCAACCAUCUGGGCCACAUCCUCACCUUCACCCCACAAAACAACGAGUUCCAGCUGCAGCUGAGCCCCAAGACCUUUGCCUCAAAGAUGUACGGUCUCUGUGGCAUCUGUGAUGAGAAUGGGGCCAAUGACUUCAUGCUGAGGGAUGGCACAGUCACCUCAGACUGGAAGACGCUGGUCCAGGAGUGGACGGUGCAGAAGCCAGGGCAGACAUGCCUGCUGGGUCCCGAGGAGCCAUGUCCCAUCUCCAGGGGCUCCCACUGCCAGGUCCUCCUCUCGGCACUGUUUGCAGAGUGCCACGCGGUCCUUGCCCCGGACACAUUUCACGCCAUCUGCCAGCAGGACAGUUGCCACCAGGAGCAAGUGUGUGAGGCCAUUGCCUCUUAUGCCCACCUCUGUCGGACCAAGGGGGUGUGUGUCGACUGGAGGACCCCCGAUUUCUGUGCUGUGCCGUGCCCGCCAUCCCUGGUCUACAACCACUGUGAGCGCGGCUGCCCCCGCCAAUGUGAGGGCAACUCGAGCUCCUGUGGGGACCAUCCCUCAGAAGGCUGCUUCUGCCCCCUGCACCAAGUGCUGCUGGAAGGCAGCUGUGUCCCCGAGGAGGCCUGCACCCAGUGCGUCAGUGACGAUGGGAUCCGGCACCAGCUUCUGGAAACGUGGGUCCCAGACCACCAGCCCUGCCAGAUCUGCACGUGCCUCAGCGGGCGGAAGGUCAACUGCACGACACAGCCCUGCCCCACAGCCAGAGCGCCUGCGUGCGGCCCGUGCGAGGUGGCCCGUCUCCGGCAGAGCACGCAGCAGUGCUGCCCCGAGUACGAGUGUGUGUGCGACCUGGUGAGCUGUGACCUGCCCCCGGUGCCUCACUGUGAAGGUGGCCUCCAGCCUACACUGACCAACCCUGGCGAGUGCAGACCCAACUUCACCUGCUCCUGCAGGAAGGAGGAAUGCCCAAGGGGGUCCCUGCCCUCCUGUCCCCCGCACCGGACGCCAGUCCUUCAGAAGACCCAGUGCUGUGAUGAGUAUAAGUGUGUUUGCAACUGUACCAGCUCGGCGGUGACCUGCCCACUGGGGUACCUGGCCUCCACCGUCACCAAUGACUGCGGCUGCACCACCACCACCUGCCUCCCUGAUAAGGUGUGUGUCCACCAAGGCACCAUCUACCCCGUGGGCCAGUUCUGGGAGGAGGGCUGUGACGUGUGCACCUGCACGGACCUGGAGGAUGCCGUGAUGGGCCUGCGUGUGGCCCAGUGCUCUCAGAAGCCCUGUGGAGACAGCUGCGGGCCGGGCUUCACUUACGUUCUCCACGAAGGCGAGUGCUGUGGAACGUGCAUGCCAUCUGCCUGCGAGGUGGUGACCGGCUCCCCUCGGGGAGACUCCCAGUCCUACUGGAAGAGUGUUGGCUCUCACUGGGCCUCUCCCGAGGACCCCUGCCUCAUCUACGAGUGUGUCCGAGUCAGGGAGGAGGUCUUCGUGCAACAGAGGAAUGUCUCCUGCCCCCAACUGAACGUCCCCACCUGCCCCUCGGGCUUCCAGCUGAGCUGUCAGACCUCGGGCUGUUGCCCCACCUGUCACUGCGAGCCCGUGCAGGCCUGUGUGCUCAACGGCACCAUCAUCGGGCCCGGGAGGAGUCUGAUGGUUGACCUGUGUACCACCUGCCUCUGCACCGUCCAGGUGGGGGUCAUCUCCGGAUUCAAGCUGGAGUGCAGGCAGACCACCUGCGAGGACUGCCCGCUGGGUUACAAGGAAGAGAAGAUGCAGGGCCAGUGCUGCGGGAGAUGCCUGCCUAUGGCUUGCACCAUUCAGCUACGAGGGGGACAGAUCAUGAUGCUGAAGCGCGACGAGACUCUCCAGGAUGGCUGUGACAGUCACUUCUGCAGGGUCAACAAGAGAGGCGAGUUCAUCUGGGAGAGGAGGGUCACAGGCUGCCCGCCCUUCGAUGGACACAAGUGUCUGGCCGAGGGGGGGAAAAUCAUGAAAAUUCCAGGCACAUGCUGUGACACAUGUGAGGAGCCCGAGUGCAAGGACAUCACUGCCAAGCUGCAGUACGUCAAAGUGGGAGACUGUCUGUCUGAAGAGCAAGUGGACAUUCACUACUGCCAGGGAAGAUGCACCAGCAAAGCCCUGUACUCCAUCGACACAGAGGACGUGCAGGACCAGUGCGCCUGCUGCGCGCCCACACGCACAGAGCCCAUGCAGGUGCCCCUGCGCUGCGCCAACGGCUCCAUCAUCCACCACGUGGUCCUCAACGCCAUGCAGUGCAAGUGCUCCCCCAGGAAAUGCCACCAGUGA